UAUUCAAGAGAGUUACAAUAUGCACCAAUAGUAGCAAUGUUUGAAAUAGACGAAAUGCUAUUAUUUAUCAUUUAUCAAUACGUAGUUUCGAGACUCGAUCAAUACCGGGUAGCAAAUAAUCGUGUGUUUUCAUGAUUUUUGCGUCUAUUUCAGUGGUCUAAGCUGUGGUGUCAACAAUAUCUGAGUAAUAAUAUGAGAAUUGUGAGCGGCACAAAACCGGUCUCAAAAUCGAAAAGUCCUAAAUAACUCGCCAACUGAAUGCGCAAUCAUUUAUAAAUAUACUAACAUUUAUAAAUCCCUAUUUACGCACAUAGUAUAUACAUACAUACAUGUAUGUAUAUUCUUGACACAUAACCAACUUAGGUUUUUGUCUCUCAUUACAGGUUCGUUGAUCUGUUGAGCUUCAGAUCAAAGAAAAUAUUAUGUGGAGAGCAAGCUGUCGAGAGGCAUAUAUGUAUAUGUAUGUGCAUAAUAGCAACAGCCUUAAAGUUAUCAAAAGUCGUUUUGGUCGAUUAGUUGCUAGUACUACGUCGACCCUCUAACUAGAUUGAAUAACACGGAAUAUGUUGUUGGUGUCAUUGUGGUAACAUUUAGUGUUUUUGAACCCUUUUGAAGUUGCAAAUUUGCGGUAAUGACUUUCAGCGAUAAUAAAAAAGGGAAAAAUGCAAAGAAUCAUUAUAUUAAUCAAAUUUAUAGUUCGUGCUUACGAGGGAUGGCCUUAGCAUUAAAAGAUAGAAAGGUUUGUCAGCCGCUAACCUACUUUUCUGCUCAUUCUCCAUCACUUUCUAUAUUAAUGCAAAGUAAAACAACGGUGUUGCGGAUUUGGACAAUCAGCAUACUCUUUGCUGUCAUUUGUCCUUUACAUAUAGUUCAUUGCACCGAUCCCAAAUUUGAUUCAUCGACAAGAAUGCGACUUAUUUUAGUACCGGCGGAUGCGCAAGUUGGAACUGUGAUUUAUCGAAUACGUGCCACGGACGAAGAGUUUGACUAUCCACUUACCUUUGAACUUAUAAGCGAUUCUGCAUCAGCUACUGUUAAAAUUGAUUCGCUUCCAUGCACCAAAUACAAUUCCGUUUGCCAAGCAAAUGUUGUGUUACAGCGACGUUUGGAACCGGGGCGCUACUAUGACUUCCAGGUAUCUGUAAAGGACACAAAAGGAGGAAUGGCUAGCCAAUUGUGUUCUAUUACUGCUACUAAUUUCACAACACCACAUGACCUCAUAUUUCCGCACAAGCCGGGGAUAAUAAUGAUUCCAGAGGAUGCAAAGCGUGGAACAGAAUUGGAUUAUGUAAUUGCUCGCAAAAAUCCGCUUUUUCAAAAACCAGUUUACCUUGAGUUAUGGGGCUCUCAACUUUUUGCCAUAAGACAAAAGAUUGUUUCAGCAGAAACUACAGAAGGUACAGUGUUUUUGCUAGGACCACUUGACUUCGAAAAACAAGCUAUGUACCAUUUAACCAUAUUGGCUAAUGAUGCUUACGCUGAACCCGGCCAAGACAACCGCAACAUUGCUGGACUCGAACUAGUAGUGAUUGUUCAAGACGUACAAGAUCAGCCACCUGUAUUUACAUCAGCAUCACCUGUUACUAAGCUAACAGCUGGUAUUAUUCCAGGCGAUAAGUAACUAAGCAAGUAAGGAAGGAUAGAUUUAACCG